AUGAUCCUGGACAAGCAAGGCUGGCCAUCCAGUUCAGAAUGGUCGGAUUACGAGCUUCUGCUAAAAGCAAUCCGCGGCGAUUGCAAGUGUGUCGCUUGGGUUCUCUUGGAAAAAGGCGCGAGAAUCUUCAAGAGACAGAGAGUGGACGGUCCACUACACAAAGUUGCCAUGAAUGUCGGAUGGACAGAUUUCGCGAAAAUUCUGCUGGAGAGGGGUGCUAAUGUUGCCGCGUUGAAUAACAAGGGCGACACUUCACUGCAUAUUGCAUUCGCGCACAACAGGUCACCGGAGCUCAUUGACUUAUUGCUGUGGACCCAUUUGCGCGAUACGAGCGCUGUGAAGGAUGUCGUCAACAAGGAAGGAUUGAGCUUUUUACAUAUUGCGUGUACAAGGCCGAAUUCCAACUUUAUCAGCACACUGGUGGAGCAUGGACAAGUAGAUGUUAACAUUCAGGUGCCCAUAGUCUCCGACUCGAUGUACGCAGGUUAUACGCCACUACACUUCGCUGUUAAGUUUGGCCGAUACGACGUUGUCGAGCAUCUUUUAAACCACUACGAAAUCGAUCUGUACGAGCAGGAAGCGAACGGAUCAACGCCGCUUCAUAUUGCGACUGAACGUGGAGACAUUGAAAUGAUCGACUUGAUUUUGAGAUACGACGAUAAUCGAGGAGACCGCUGUAACAGGUUUGGCCUAUCACACUUCAUGGCAGUCUGUGCGUGUAGCAAUGAAACCCUCGUCGAUGAUUACCUUAGAGUCGCAGUUUAUCGUUCUUGGACAGAACCCACCAUCUUGGUUAGAUCGCAGGUGGCGAAUCAACAGCAUUACUCCUACGCCGGAUACACUCCGUUACAUUUCGCCGCUCAAUAUGGCCGAGUAAACACGGCCAAGCUUCUUCUGCAACUGGGCGCUGAAUGCUGUUUGGUUGCGGUUGACGGCGCGACUCCUCUCGCACUCGCGAGUCAACGAAAACACACCGAUGUUUGUAUGUUGUUGAACGAUUGCUGCACCGAUACUCUCGGAAAACCGGCGGAGAAAAAAAGACGAAUUUUCGGCAGCGAGGGUUGUGUGAACGUUGAGUUCGUGCAUUUCAAUGAUGAUUUUAGAAAAUGCAACGGAAGGUCUUACUCGAUUGCUAAUGACGAGUCAACGUCGACUACCUCGUCUGCUGCUUCUUUAUCUUCUAAAGCUUUAGUCGAGCUUUUCUAUGACAAUCCUCGCACGAUUUGCGUCAAUUCCCAGCAGAUUGCUGAAGUUGGCAAUGAGAGCUGUUUUUAUUGUCUCAGCGACGUUCGCGAUAACUCUGUAGGAUUUCUAGCUGAUAAUUCGAUUUGCAGGCAAGGGCUUUGGAAUUUGGAGACUUAUGAUGAGAUGGAUUAUACUUGUAUCAAGAUACCUGAGGAUGUUAACUUAGAUUUUUAUGAACCACUCGAUGAUGUUGAUAGCGAUCAUAUUUUUUAUACGUUUGAUAAGACAGUUGAUGAUAAUGAUUGUUUUUCUAUGGAUAAUUCCACAAAUGUUGAUGUAAGUUUGGAUAAUGCUUCGGAUGAUAAUCUUGCUAAAGAUGCAAAUGAGUGUGUUCUGUUAACUUUGUCAGAUCAAGACAAGAUCUUUGACAGUUUAUUUGAGCAAUAUCUGGAAAAUGAAAACUUUACAAAAAGUCUAGAUGGUUGUAACGAUGAUACUGCUGCAGAUGUUGAUUUUGUUGAUUUUGAUAGUAUCGAUGAUGAAAUGAUGUCUGAAAAAUUGAUGCACUGCCUUCAUCAAGACGCAGAUUCAUCUAUUAUCGAUUUUGAAUCAAGUUUUGCGAAUAAUCGCAAUGAUUCACCUGCCAAUUUCAGUAACCAUGAGCAGAGAGAAUUUGGAAAUACUGACGAUCUUGACACAACGCUCGAAGUUUCAAGUUCAUCGUCAGAGUUGGAUAUUCUCACAGAAGAUUCUGAAGAUUCAUGUUUCUUUGAUGGCUCAAGCAUUGCUGAUACAGAGUCGAGUGACAACGGAGUGCAAAUAUUUAAAAUGGACGGAGUCUGGACACCAUUGCACCUUGCAGUGUGCAAAACUGGCUGGUCAAGAAUCGUCAAGAGAUUGCUCGAGAAAGGUGCGAAAGUCAGCGACAGGAACGAUAGCGCGCAAACGGUUCUACACGUUGCCUUUGCUCACAAGGCUCCGAACUCACUCAUAGACAUGCUGCUCACGAAGUACCUGGAGAAAUGCGAAGAUAAUUUAACGGACGCCGAGAAUUUGAGUUUUUUGGACAUCGCUUGUACGAGGCCCCACAUACACUUCGUUAAACGUUUAAUAACAGAACAUUACUUUGCUUUAGCUCAUCACCGAGUUGCAAUGUUUUCCGAGGAAUCUUACGCCGGCUAUACCCCCAUCCAUUUUGCCGUGGCUUACGGCCAACUCGAGGUAGCUCAAUACCUUCUCAACAUUUCCUACAGCCUUAUCUACUUGGUCGACCGAACACUUUCAACGCCAUUACAUCUGGCUGCCCAAAACAGAGAUAUAAGGAUGAUCGAUCUUAUUUUUCAAUACGACAGAGAACAAAAUGUUUACGUCAAUAGUAAUGGAUUGACCCACUUCAUGAUAGCUUGCAUGGGUAGUGAGGGGAGUGUCGUUCAAAAGUACUUUGAUGCAUCGGACGAGCGACGAUUGAUGUUGUCAUCGUAUGACUUGGUGUCUUCGCGCGUGGAGGAAUCAGAUACAUACGAGGGAUACACUCCGCUGCAUUUCGCUGCGGAGUUUGGGCGUAGCGUCACAAUCGCGAUACUUUUCCAUAAUGGCGCCGAUUGUUCUAUAAGGACCCACUCCGGGUUAACCGUUCAUGAUUUGGCACAAGAUAACGUGGCUGAUAUCAUUAAUAACUAUUGUACUAUUUUCGGGAAAUGUACUCAAAGGAUUCUUGAAAAUCAGUAUGAUUUUAUGGAUUUAAAUGGAAAUGACAUGUAG